AGAAUCAGACGUUGGUGUUGGCGCGUGAUGUGACCGGAGAGUGGAAACAACUUGGUCGAAAUGCCAAAGCACAAGCCAGUGCCCGUUGAGGACCUCGUCAUCCCACCGCAGGACACCAAGAUCUGCGGCACAAUAUGCAUGUGUCAGAUGACAGCGGUGCUGAGCAGUGUGGCGCUAGUCUACUUGACGGUGGCCAUCUACAUGCCCAGCCUGCGCGCCUUCAAGUCGGGCAUCACCGAGACGCCCGUCAUGUGCACGACCACCCGCGCCGUCAACAAGGACAACUGCGACUGGGGCUCGUGCGGCGAGUGGUGUCUCAGCAAAACCUCCGGUGCCUGCAUCCAAAUCUACGUCAAUCUCCGCAACAACGGCAGCAGUGUGUUACUAGCCAAUUGUACCAACAGUGCAAACAAGACUUGUUACGGUAUAGACCAAGAGAACGCGAAAAAGUCGCGGUGCAUCGCCGAUGAGUGUCGCAACCUGACGGGCACGUUCAACUGCACCCAAGGCAUGUGCAUCAACAUCACCGACGCCUUCGAGUGUGUCUUCAAGGACACCGAUCCCCCUCUCAAGUGCUCCGGCAGACGCGGCAAAAUAAACUGUAUAGACAUAGAUGGCUUACAGAACUGUAACCGAGGCACUUGUGAAAAAAUUCGAACUCCCUACAACUGUGAUCGUCGCUGUGUUGAUAUACCCACUCGCAAUAAAAACACAAUACUACUAAGUGGUGAUAGAGUGUAUUUAUCGCAGUGUCAACGUGCUAUGGUGAUGGGCACAGAACAGGAAGUGUGGAAUGAAAGUGAUGAUAAUAUUUUGAUGGCUAGUUGUUACACUAUUGAAAAUACGUCUCUGGGGGUACAGGCUACUGACUGUAUCAACGGAACGCUGUUGGAUAAGAGUGUGCUGAGUGAUUUGACCAAUUUCACGUAUUUGAGUUACUUGAGUGUGACUAAUACGAGAAUGUUGGAUGAGAAGAGGAAGGUGGCACCACCAGAGAUGGAUCUAUUGAUUUCGAACGAGUCGAGGUUGUUGAUCAACCUGGAAGGGUGUGUGAACACCCUGCGCGAUGAGUGCAAGGAAUUCCUGAGGGAAUACGGAAAGGACGGCACCGACCACAAUGCACGUGCUCGUUUCCCGUGCUUCUUUGCCGUCGACAACACCGACGUGGUGGUGGCUCGCUUCAAUUUGGAGGCCACCUAUCGCGAGUUCCUCAUCGCCUCGCUAGUGCCUUCCAUCCUCUUCAUCGUCAGCUGCCUGACGCUCAUCCUCUGCCAGAGAACGGUGGAGGUCGGCGACGACGCCAAAAUGCGCUUCAAGCGGAAAGGAGCCGGCAACGCCUCGGAGAAGGACAACGGCCUUGGUGACGCCGGAGGGGGCGACGCUGCUAUGGCACUCUGAGAUCCGUCACGCAUUCCCCUCCUCCAGGAUAGUCCUACACACCAGCAACAGCACGUCUUCUCGUUGCAGGACUAUUGACUGGCCAUGCAGCAAGCUGCUCACCAACGCAUCUGUAAAUAUUGACUAUUACU